UGUGUGUGUGUGUGUGUGUGUUUGUGUAUUUAUACAGAAAGUAGGAAAGAUAACAUGCAACAAUCAACAAUACCUGAAGACAUCCCAUCUUCGACCAUAUUCAACAUGCUGGCCAGAGUUUGAAUCUUUCCAUCUUGAUGCUGAAAUAAAUGAUUAUAUAUUUUAAUAAGAGUACAAAUAUUUCACAAAACGUGGCAGAGAUAAAAGAGAGCAAAUAAGUUGAAAAAGACUACACAUGAUAAUAAAUUUAGAAUACUGCAUGAGGAGGUAUGGUUUGAACAAAAAUCAUGAUCAAAUUGCUUACGAUUGAGUCGUUCCAAACAUCCUAGAGGCUAUGACCAAGCAUGUCUGUGACCUGGAAUAAUUAUAAAUCUUUUUUUAUAAAAACUACCUUAACAAUCACAAUGUAUAACCAGGCUCAUACUUAAACUUGCCAUGUGUAUGCAACAAAGGUUACUCUAAGCUGGUACAUACCAGGAGCUCCUAAUAUGUAAAAAAACAUGAGCAUGUCUUAUUGCUUCUUUGUAAUUGCCUCAUGUAGAUUACAUCUUUUGCAACCUUUAAUAACAUAACAGAGGUGAAAUUCUGCACCAGUUCUGUCUACUGCAUAGUCAAGAAAGGUAUCACAAAAUGCAAAUAUGAAACAUAAUACAUGAGUUUUUCGUACAUUUAAAACAAAGAAAUCAAAGUAAUACAUAUGAAAAAUUACUACCUUUGCUUAGAGAGAGAGAGGAGAAUAUCUUUGGAGUUGCUUCUACAUUACUGCAUAGACAAACUCGGGGCCUUAGUGUUCACAUGGAACCUUCAACAAAGAAGAAACACUAUUUUGUAAGAUAAAGAAUUUUCUAUACAAAACCUGUAGCUUACAAAUGGAUAUGUGAUACAAAGUUCUCAUCUGCUCUUUGUUAAUAUAUAUAUUUCAUGAAAUAUACUCACAAAAGAAACCAUAAAAGACAAUGUACCUCUGCCUAAUUAUGUAAUAGUUUUCUUACUUUUCAUUUACAUUAUAUUGCACAUAGGCAGGAUCUUCCUUGGCAAGAAAGUUAUGUAUCCUUCAUAAGGAUAUAUUUACAGAAGAGUCUUUCUCUAUCUAAUAUAUAUCAGCACUAAAACUUACAGUUUCGGAAGAAGAAAAUUCCCUUUUUUUGUUUUGGUAAAUAAGAAGAAAAAAAUUUCACAUAUGAAAAAUAAAAGCUUGUAACGGGAAUGGAUGCAGAACACUUCAUUGAACUCAUUAUUUAUGAAUUUAAAAUCGUUUAUGACACACUAAAAACUAUAUAAAAGAAAAGCAACCCGAUGGCACAUAAGAAUUAUAUCUCCGUGAGACUUGUUAGAGUAAUAAAUCAGCGUGGUUAUUUCAGUAAGAGAAACCAAGUUAGCUUAAAGAUGCGACUACCAUACAAAUCAAGCUAAACAAUUUGAGCUACCAACGAAAUAUUUAUGAAAACAGAGAACAUGCAUCUCACAGGCCAAGCAAUUGAAAUUGCAAACAAACCAUUACUGCAGAAAGAGGAAUAUCUUCUCAAAUGCAACCGUUAAGAGUUUUAAGCCUACCUCUUCCCCUGGCUCUCGCCUACAUAAAAGUGGAUGGAAACUUUAUUUUUGUUAAAGGGAUAGUAAAAAGGAUAUAAGAAGUAACGGGAAUGCAGCAUCAGAAUACCUUAUUGGAAGCGAUGGAUCACCUUGGUCGUUCAAACAAAAUAUAGCGAUGGAUCACGGCAUGAUAUAUGUCCGGCCAAGAAUCGUUCUCAUCAGAUCGGAGUUGGAGAAGUAGUUCGUGAGAGACGUGAGUAAGAUAUAUAGGGUGAAUCUGGUGGAAUUAAAUCGCUAAGUUGCCAUUGUAGUGUUAUAGUAAUGAGGCUUUGAUGAAUCGAAGUGGUGGAGAAGUCGUUACGCCGGAGAAUCAGAACGUCGAAGUUCGGAAUACGAAUAGCAAAAGACAUGUUGUUUAGUACAAAUAAGAAACUUAAUAGUUUUGAUGGGCUUAGAAUGAUGACAAAAUAGCCUGCUUUAAUAAAUUACAUGGCCUGAUUUUGCUGCAAGUUGGAUUUGUCCGUGAAAUUUAAAAGAUGAGAUUGUCUGAUGUGGCAAAACUUAGAACAUAAUUGGUUGAAUAAAAAUGCACACGUGGACUGCUUAAGAGUUGAGGAAAUCUCCCUUUUAGUAUUGUGAUAUUUAGUUUUGUUUCUAAGAUCUUCCUAAAACGAGGCCUAAGUUGUAAUCUACAACUCACGCAUUUGUGUUUUCAGAAUUAAAUUCACUCCAUGCCAGUCUGUUGUUCUGAUGGGGCGUGGAAUGAGGCUUCUAACUGCGGAGGAAUGGGAUGGACCCUUGUCACCGCUGAAGGAUCUUGGCCUUCUAUUGGCUCUUCUAGGAAUCUGCGACCCGAUUUGUCCUUAUAAUUGCUAUCAAGAACCUGAUUACUACACCCUAUCUCCAUGGUCAUCUCCACAGCCAAGCAAAGCUCCAUCUCCAUCAAUCUAUCAACCAUCUCAAGACCCUUCUUCUUCCACAGAAGCCAUAACCAUCAUCACUGUUACAGGUGCGGCCUUAGCCAUCCUUCUCACAGGAUUCUUUCUUGUAGCUAAAUACGUCACAGAGAGCGUUAACCGAUCCCUCCGCGAAAGACACCAGUCCCAGAGAGAUCUUGGUGACGACACAUCUGAUGAAGAGUUUCAAGAUAGGGAACAAGUGGAUCAUCCAAUAUGGUUGAUCAGAACAACAGGUCUUCAACAAUCGACCAUUAACUCGAUAACGAUAUGUACUUACAAGAGAGGAGAUGGGUUGAUCGAGAGAACAGAUUGUCCUGUUUGUCUAAACGAGUUUCAAGAAGACGAAAGUCUUAGGUUGUUGCCUAAAUGUAACCACGCUUUUCACAUCUCUUGUAUCGACACUUGGCUUAGGUCACACACCAACUGUCCUCUGUGUCGAGCUGGUAUAGCGAUUAUUAGUCCACCGUACGCUGGUCUGGUCGAUGUAGCUCCCGGAGGGUCAGGAUCUCGUUUGGAGAACGAUGGAGUUGGAUCCGAAACAGAGACGGACGAGCAAGUUAGGCUUUUGGAGGAGUGUACUAUUGAUUCACUUACAUGUGCAAAAAGCCACAAGGAAAGUAUAGAAUUUCCGGGAGAAUCUUGCGAGAAUGAGAGUCAGAACGCUACCAGACAAGAGAACAGAGACAUCGGGGAUGAAGCAAGCUGCUCGGAAGCUCGAGCUUCGAUGUCAACAUGCUUCAAUACGAACAAGAGUUCGGUUUUUCCGCUGUAAGAAGUCUUCCUUCUACUACUAAGUACUAACUACUAAACCAUUUUUUGGAACGUAUUAAAAGGAGGAAAUUGCAAUAACAGAAAUGUUUUUAUAAGUGUAUGUACAUGUAACUCCAAAUAGAAACGACAAUAAACUGUAUCUUUUUUUUUCUGAAGUGUUUGCUUAUGUUUGUUUUAUUUUUUUCCAUGUACUCAAACACUAUUGAACUUUAAUACUAAAUAUAAAAUAAUAUUUGCAAUGUCAAUCUUCCUAUCGGGAUUCCGGAACUAAAUAUGCAACAUGAAUCCAAAGAGGCAUAUCCAGACAUAAACUAAGUACUCACUCGCGACUCAUAUAACAAGUUACACCAAAUAAAAAUGUAGAACAAUUAGUUCAUAUAACUAUCAUAUUGGGUGAUAUACAUAUCCUUCUAUCAAACAUAUAUAAAGAAUAUCAAAUGUAUUUAAAAAAUCUAGCAUAUUAUGAUACACAUAGUAGUGGAAGAGUAUGAGAUCCAAAAAAAAAUUUACUUGGUCUAAGAUGACUAGUUAGAAAAUCUUAACAUAUGCUCCACAUAUAUAAUAUAUAUAUAUAUAUAUAUAGAUCAAUAAUACUCCUUAUGUAUCACAAUUAUGAUAUUUAAUAUUUCUGCAUAUAAAUUAAAAACUUGUUUAUUUAUAGUAAUGAUUUAUUAUUUAUUUAACCACAAUUCAAAAUUAGUCAAAAAAUAAUAUUAUAUUGCACAUUAAAAUGUCAUCUAAAUUGAUUUAACAAUUUUUUAUUCUAAAAAUGUCACUUAAAAUUUAAAUUUAAUACGAAAGAUUAUAUUUCUUAAUUGCUUUAGUGAAGACCUGAGAGGAGUUAUUUUCAUAAAUAAUGAAAGAGUAAAGUGUAAAGGUCCACGACUUUACAUGCAUAAAGAACCCAAUUCCACAAAUGGCCUAACAUUAUGCUUAUUUUAAUCCAAUCGGAUAAUGGGUACAUCGGAUAAUGACCUAACAUAAUGUGUAAGAAACUAUUAUGAUGUGUAUUAAGGUUAUACUUAUAUGAGAAAGUUUAAGAUUUAAGAUUUGUCUUUCAAUUUGGUUCAAAAAAAAAAAGAUUUGUCUUUCAGUUUAAUGAAAGUCUAUUUUCAUUUAGAUCAUAUUAAUUAAGGGUGCGGAAAUAUAUCAUUUCAAUCACAUCCUUUUUUUUUUUUUCACAUCCUAACAUAUUAUUUACAGUUUUACUCCUGGGGAAGUUAAGGAAAAAGUUGGUGAUUCAAAAUCCCAAUCAUGAAAAAGAUGCUAAAUAGAACAGUUAGCUAUAUAAUAGAGGGAAUAAUGGUCUAUUUUGUAUAAUCACAUCAGUAGGCUUUACCUUUUUUUAACUUUUUCUGGCUUUUGGUUUUAACUCCGAAAGU